AUGGUUACUCUAUCGCCGCCUCUCCACCCUGCCUCCCUGGACAUGGGCACGGCCGCCGAUCCACUUGGAGAAUGUGCAGCCGAGGCAGUGCAACUUGCCGUGGCAGCCUUGAUUCAUAUGCACGGUGCUGGACAUGCUGGGAACGCCGUCGACCCUUCUCAACGCUGCCUUUCGCCAAACAUCUUCCAGGACGACGUGACGCAAGUCUCGGAGGCAUGUUACGAUGGAGAUCCGACAUUGUCCGCGGCCCAGGAGCUGUAUGAUGCAUCAUGGGACAGCCUUAUCCCCCCCGACACUCCUUUCGGCCUCACAGACUUCAUACCAGAUGGGGUGUGUAGCGACAUGGCAUCUUCUGUCAGUAACAUUUGUCUGUGCAACGACGGGUGCGACGCUUGCCUGUGCAACGACGGGUGCGACAUUUGCCUGCGCAGCGGCGGAUGCGACGAUACGGUGUCGCAGGGGGCCUGCUGGGAGCAAAGCAUAGACUUCACCGACUUUACCCCGCCCGAUGUCUGUCUUGCCGAACAGACUCUGGAUCUGGAUCUGGUCAUGGAGCCCUUGGACGCAACGUCCCUAGAGGAGGCGUUUGCUGAGCUUGGCGCAGAACGGCGCCCUGCGCAGGCCUCGAGCUCGUCUGCCUCGCCAACAUUGCCAGUCAGCGCACCGGCGACGUCAGCCGAGCGUGGUCCGCCUGCGCCCCGUUGUCGCUGCCGUCACCGCCGCCAGCGACUCAAGCAAGACGACCGCUACCGACCGAGGGAAGACGACCGCUACCGACUCAAGCAAGACGACCGCUACCGACACAGGGAAGACCUCGCGAGGCACGGCAGCACGACCAAGCCGCAGUGUUGA